GAGAUCUCUCGAACGACGUCUCUCUCUCUUACUCGCUCUCACUCUCACACCCUCACGAAUCUCCGAUCCGAUGAAUGAAGAAAACGAACCAUCGUGCGCCACUCCAGCGCCUCCUCGGCGUAAUCCUCCGUCAUCACACUUCACCGACAUAUCCAAUUUCAAAACUCCGCGGCGUCCUUCCUUUAUCAAAUCAAAUCUCGGCAACACUCCGUAUCCUCCUCGAUUCUUCACCGCAUCUAAGCAAACUCCCAAAUCUAUGUCCUCCACCUUCCGCCGUCCCUCACUCCUUCCUUCUCACGCGUCUCGCUCCAAGGCCGCAGCUUCCUCGAGGCGGCUUAGGGCAUUCGAGCUUCAGCAAUCGCAAUCUUCUCGCAAGGCUGAGUUGAAUAAAGAGAAGAGCCUUAGAUCUCUCGCUAAAUCACUCACCGCGUGGCUCAAUUUCUUGUUUGAAAACCCUGAGAGUUGCGGUUGCGAGCCGUUAGAGAAUAGCGUUUCUGUUGGUAGAGUUGGACAUGCGAAGAGAGAUAGUUGCGAGGCUUUGCGAAGCGGUAAAUCAGUGGGUGUGGAUACGAUGUGGCGUAGCCCCAAAAAGUCGAGGACUUUAGGUUGGUGUGGUGAGAAAGGAUCAGAUAUUGGAUCAUCCUUGAGUGGCUCCAAGUAUUCAACGCUGAGGGAGUCUUUGAAAGAAGUGUGUAGCUUAGAUGAUUUGAAUCAGAGGAUGCAGUUUCAGUUGAGUUUGGGAAGCUGCAAGGAGAUUUUCGAUGUGAUGACCCGUGUUACCAAGAAUAUCGAUGAAGGGAGGAUAAAGAUGAAACCACAAUGCCCUCUUGUAACUGAUUUUGGACUGAAGGAGAAGGCCGUCAAGGCACUGAUGUGUUACAACCAAGUUUGGCUUCGUCUAGGGUUAUAUAUCAUCUUCGGCGGUGAUUCCUUUUUGUCUGACAGUGAAGUUAACUCGGAUCAAGAAAUGGCGUUCUUGAAGAUGGUAGUCAACAAGCAGUUUUUCUCCCAUGACGGCCUUGCUAGAGCCUUUGCCUAUAACAAGAUGGUUGAGGGCUUAUACAGACCAGGGUACUAUGAAGCCCUUGGAACUGUGAUUUUGAAGAGGAUUAUGUUGCUUGUCCUUAUAUUAGAUAGAGCUAAAUCUCAAAGCUGUAUUUCACUCAAGUAUGGGAUUGAUGGGAUAGAUGGUGGCUCUCCCCUCUUGUUUUCAGAGAAAUCUAGCAUAAAGUCUAGCCAUCAACUUCUAAGUGAACUCCUGCCCGCUGAUGUAAUGCAUGGAGAAGGGAAUCUCCUAGCGCAUCUAGUGAUUAUAGGGUACAAAAUACCUUAUCAGCAGUCUCCUAUAGCUGGAUAUGAAUUUAGAGUGAGAGACUUGUUUGGUGACCUCCAAGAUGGCGUGCGGCUCUGCAGAGCCAUUCAACUACUUUUUCAUGAUCCAUCCAUUCUCACGAAAAUGGUAGUUCCAUCUGACAAUCGAAAGAAGAAGUUGGCCAACUGUAGAGUUGCACUUCAGUAUCUGAAGGAUGCUGGUGUUCCAUUGAAAGAUGACGAAGGAAUGAUGAUAACUAUAGAAGAUGUUGCAGAUGGUGACAGAGAGCUCACUAUUUCACUGCUAUGGAACAUUUUUGUACAUUUGCAGCUACCUCUUCUGGUCAAUGGGAAACUCUUGACAGAGGAAAUCUACAAAGUCCAGGGGCUGGAACAGAAUAAUCAAAUUAUCAUGGCUACUCCUCUGGAAAUGCUCUUGAACUGGAUCCAGUCAAUUACCAAGAAGAAUGACUUCAAGAUAGAAAACUUUGCAUCAUUGGUUGAUGGAAAGGGAAUAUGGUUCUUGCUUGACUACUAUUUUCGGCGAGAAGUUUGCUGUCCUUGUCUUCACGAAGAGGAUCCUGGUGGUCAACAAGGCCCUCGAUCAGUGAUAUCCAAUACCGAUUAUCAUGAUGCAGUUCAGAACUUCAUUCUGUCGCAAAAGUUGACAGCACUUUUGGGAAGUUUUCCUGAGGUUCUACAGAUUGGGGACCUACUGGAACAUAAUGCAGUAGUUAGCAACCAAAGUGUGAUUAUACUGUUGGCUUUCUUAUCAUCAAAGCUGAUCGUCAAGGAGAAUAUGGAGAAACUGAACUUUCAUAAGUUGCUGUGCUCUAGCUGUCAAGAUCAGGAGAAGAGAUAUUCGCGCAUCAAUUGCAGCAUCUCGAAAGCAGUUAGAAAUGAGGAACCGGACAGAGAAAACGGAGAAGAUGCUACUAAAACUUUCCAGGCAAUCAAAGCCUGGUGGCAGGAAAUGGCCUACCAAAAUUCUGUUGGAGAAGUUAGUAGCCGUACCCCGCUGGGUUCCUUGUCUAGAAAAAUCACUAUGGAUUUCGAACGAGGUGAUUCAAAAGCAGCAGUAGUCAUACAAUCGAAUUUCAGGGGACUUCAUGCACGCCGCAAGUUUAGGAAGAAAUUGAAAGAAGUCUGCUUCUUACAAGCUGCUAUUCGGACAUGGUUGUCAGUGAAACAUAUAAAAGUUCUUGAAAUAUUCACUGUUGAGGAAGUUACUUUACAGUUAUCAGAAAGAUCAGCCAACUUAAAACCUGUAGCGAGAUAUGUCAAGUACAUUGUUGAACGGAGUCGCUUUCUCAAGUUGAGGAAAUCUGUUUUGGUCAUUCAGAAAGCUGUAAGGAGGCAUCAGCGAAACCUUCAUCAUGAGCUGAAAGCAGCACUCAAAAUUCAGCAAGCUUGGAGGAGUUAUAAAGACAAAGUUAUCUCUUCUAUCACUAUCCAAUCUUAUGUUCGUGGAUGGAUCACACGGAGAAUGUAUAUCAAUUACAAAUUGUGUUCCGUACUCAUUCAAAGAGCUGUAAGGAAGCAUCAGUGGAAUCUUCAUCAUGAGCUGAAAGCAGCACUCAAAAUUCAGCUAGCCUGGAGAAGUUAUAAAGAACAAGUUAUCUCCUCUAUCACCAUCCAAUCUUAUGUUCGUGGAUGGAACACACGUAGAAUGAAUCGCAAAUACAAGUUGUCUUCCGUACUCAUUCAAAGAUAUUGCCGUGGUUGGCUGGCGAGAAGGAAGUUUUAUCUUCAGAGAGAAUCAACGAUAUGCAUUCAGAGUGCUAUCCGAAAAUUUAACUGCAUUAUGUCGUUUCAUGGCUACAAGCAUGCAGCCACAGAGCUUCAACGGCUCGUUAGAGGACAAAUUGUUCGAAGCAGGCUUCAAGUAGCUUCUUAUCUCAAUUCAAAACUUGACGAAGGCGUUUCCAGACUUCCACAACACAGCGUUGAGAUGACAACACAGCUACAUUCCGUCAUUAAACUGCAGCGUUGGUGGAGGUUUCUCCAUUCACAGAAUGUAAGAAGAAAAUCAGCAGUCUUGAUACAGCAGCAUAUUCGAGGUGUAUUUGCCAGGCAAAGAACUUCAAUGGAAAGACGUUACAUUGUCAUGAUUCAAUCACACUGGAGAGGCUACCUCACACGCAAAGCUGCAAAGGCUCAAGUUCUGGAUCUGAGAGUAAGAAUGCAAACUUCUGCAGCAAACAUAGAUGACAAGAAACGCUUGAUAAACAAGCUUCUCUCUGCGCUUUCGGAACUACUCAGCAUGAAAAAGGUCCACAACAUUCUUCACAUUUGUGAAACUCUGGAUUCGGCGACAAAAUACUCAGACAAAUGCUGUGAAGAGCUUGUGGCAGCUGGAGCGAUAGACAAGUUGCUAACACUGAUCCGGUCGGCAAGCAGAAGCAUCCCUGAUCAAGAAGUUGCAAAACAUGCACUCUCAACUUUGAGACACCUGGCUCGUUACCCGCAAAUGGCAGAUGAGUUAAUAGACACGAAAGGAUCCAUCCAGACAAUAUUCUGGGAACUACUCAGGAACAAAGAAGAAGCAUAUUUCGUAGCAUCAGAUGUUCUGAAAAAGAUAUGCAAAAUCCAUAAAGGCGUAGAAGCAGUUCGAAAGCUUCCUGCUUUGGUAAAACGAUUACACGCCUUAGUUGAGGAGCUAACUCGUAAGGCAAACAUGGAGAAGAGGAAUGUUAAGGGUCAGAGUGGAAAAGAGAAGAGCGAGAGAAGAUUAAAGGAGGCUGUUGAGCUUAUGAAGCUCAUAACCAGCAGAUGACUUUGUUAGUUUGUGUUUCAAACUCUGUUGUGUUUCUGUGUUUAGUUUUGUGUGAAGUGCAUUGAUCAAUGCAUUCCCACAACUAGAAUUUGUUAGGUUUUCUGUAAUCAAACUGCUUCUGCACCAUUUCUUGUGUCUAUUGUCACAGCCUCUUGAUUCGUGUUAGAACGACUUACACAUCAACUGAAUUCACAAAAUUUAUGUGGCCAAAUCCUGAGCUCUUG